UCCAGGCGGGGGAGGGGCGCGGGCCCCGGAAGCUGGCUGCUCGGGGAUCCUCCGGGGUCGCUAGCGGGCGGCGCGGUGCGGCCCUUGCCUCCCGGAUAGCUUGGCCGACGUCCGCGCAGUCGCUUUUGGUGGUUUCACAUUCCGCGUGCUAGGUGGUCGCGGGGGAUCGGGUUAAUAAGUGUCUCGCUUUGGGGGCGCGCACGAUGCCUGUCGAGUGCGCGCUUGCCGGUGUCGGGUUCCUCCCAGCGGGUUUUGCGCCCGUCGCACCCGCAUAUGGGUGGCGACCGGUUUCCGGGGUUCAGCGGAGGUGCCGGGACUACAAGGGGGUUCUUGGUUUUUCUUUCCCCACCCUUAAAGAAUGGAGACCUGUCAGUUCCCAUUAGCGGGAAUUUCCGGUUAAGGGGUGGUCAGCGCAGGGGUGUGGUCAGGCUGGAAGGUCCUGGCUGGGCCCAAGGGGUGGUGCAUUUGUUCUGAUUGGGUGAAUUUAUUCGGGGUUGGGCGUUUUCGGGUCCCUAGAUGUUAAGGGAUCAAACAGGGUAAAGGUAUUUAACACGAAGGGAGUUUGGUGAAACUAAACCUGUGCUGUCCGCUAAGGUGGUUACUGGUGCCGUGGGGCCGUCCAGCACUUGAAUGUGAUUGCUCAAUUAGCAAGUGGAUGUGCGGGUAACAUGUCCAGUGUGUCUGAGGAGAGAAGAAAAAGACAGCACAAUAUUAAGGAAGGUCUACAGUUCAUCCAGUCUCCGCUGUCAUAUCCAGGGACCCAGGAGCAAUAUGCGGUGUAUUUGCAUGCUCUCGUGAGAAAUCUUUUUAAUGAAGGAAAUGAUACUUAUCGGGAAUGUGAUUGGAGUAGCUCUCUAAGUCAGUACUCGGAAGCUUUGAGUAUAGCUGAUUAUGCAAAGUCUGAAGAAAUUUUAAUUCCUAAAGAAAUCAUUGAAAAACUUCAUAUAAAUCGUAUUGCCUGCUAUUCUAAUAUGGGUUUCCAUGAUAAAGUUUUGGAAGAUUGUAAUGCUGUCCUCAGUAUUAAUGCCAGUAACUGCAAGGCUCUGUAUCGGAAAUCUAAGGCUUUAAGUGACUUAGGGCGCUACAAAGAGGCCUAUGAUGCUGUAGCAAAGUGCUCCUUAGCAGUGCCUCAGGAUGAACAUGUAAUAAAACUAACUCAAGAAUUAGCUAAGAAAUUGGGAUUUAAAAUAAGGAAAGCAUAUGUUAGAGCUGAGCUCUCUCUGAAGCCAGUUCCAGGAGAUGGGGCUUCCAAGGCUGUGAACUAUUCUGUGGAAGAUAUUGAGCCAGAUUUAUUAACCCCAAGGCAAGAAGCACUUCCAGUUGUCUCCCUUCCUAUGUCCAGUUUUCCUCAUGACAUUGGGAGUGAGCUGGCCUCAGUUCCUGUUAUGCCUGGAACUUCUGUUUUGCAAGUGGAUGAGAACCCACUGCCAUCCGCAGUGUUUGCAAAUGGAGGGAAGUACGCCUUUAUGCCACCAGACACCUUUGUAGAUGAUGGAGACAUUAUCCUUGGGGAUGACAUAGACGAUCUCCUUGAUUCUGCCCCAGAAACAAAUGAUGCUGUCAUGCCUUCCACCCUGGGCAGAGGGUCCCUCCCAACAGCCAGUGUGGCUCCUAGCUUGCCCUUCAGAACAUCAACAUCUCUGCUUGGAACCUUGCCCAUUGGUGCAAGGUAUGCUCCUCUGCCCUCCUUUGCAGAGUUGUAUCCACCUCUGACCUCGACCUUGGAAGAUUUCUUCUGUUCUUCUUUAAAUUCAUUUUCAGUGACUGAGUCCAAGCGAGAUCUGUCCACCUCAACUGCUAGAGAGGGAACAACGCUUAACAACAGUAAAUCCUCCCUUUUCCUUAUGAAUGGACCAGGCAGUUUGUUUCCCUCUGAAAAUUUCCUGGGAAUUGCAAAUCAGCCUAGAAAUGACUAUGCAGACUUGUUGGGAAGUGUGAUUGCUAAGCCAUUUUCAUCAGGGACUCCUAGGCACCCCCUCGAAGGAACCCACGAGCUGAGACAAGCUUGCCAGAUCUGCUUCGUAAAAUCAGGUCCUAAGUUAAUGGAUUUCACUUACCAUGCUAAUCUUGAUCAUAAAUGUAAGAAAGAUAUUUUAAUUGGUAGGAUAAAAAAUGAAGAUAAAUCAUGGAAAAAAAUACGUCCAAGACCAACAAAAACAAAUUAUGAAGGACCGUAUUAUAUAUGUAAAGAUGUUGCUGCAGAGGAUGAAUGUCGAUAUUCUGGUCACUGUACAUUCGCUUAUUGCCAAGAAGAGAUAGAUGUGUGGACCCUUGAAAGAAAAGGGGCAUUCAGUCGAGAGGCUUUCUUUGGUGGCAAUGGAAAGAUCAGUCUUACUGUGGUCAAACUUCUUCAAGAGCAUCUUGGAGAGUUUACAUUCCUUUGUGAGGUACUUGGCAAUCAGAUAAUGCCUGGAUUACUUAAUAUGGAGAUAAAAUUUGUAUGUGCUCAGUGUCUGAGAAAUGGUCAAGUCAUUGAACCAGACAAGAACAGAAAGUACUGCAGUGCCAAAGCACAGCACUCGUGGACCAAAGAGCGUCGUGCGAUGAGAGCGAUGUCUUUUGAACGUAAGAAGUGGAAGAACAUCCGUCCUCUCCCCACAAAGAAACAAAUGCCUUUACAGUUUGAUCUAUGCAAUCAUAUUGCUUCUGGAAAAAAAUGUCAGUAUGUUGGCAACUGUUCCUUUGCUCAUAGUCAUGAGGAACGUGAAGUGUGGACUUACAUGAAGGAUAAUAGAAUACAUGAUAUAGAGCAGUUUUAUGAACUCUGGCUGAAGAAUCAAAAAAGUGAAAAAAGUGAUGAUGUAGCCAGUCACUGUAACAAAGAAAAUGGGAAGCAGAUCCAUAUGCCAACAGAUUAUGCUGAAAUUUCUGUGGACUUCCACUGCUGGAUGUGUGGGAAGAAUUGUAACAGUGAGAAGCAAUGGCAAGGUCAUAUCUCCUCCGAGAAGCACAAAGAGAAGGUUUUCCACACUGAGGAUGACCAGUAUUGCUGGCAGCACCGCUUCCCCACUGGGAACUUCAGUAUUUGUGAGAGGUAUAUGAAUGGCUCCUGCACAGAAGGAAACAACUGUAAAUUUGCACAUGGAAAUGCUGAACUUCUUGAAUGGAAAGAAAGAAAGAAGACCCUAGAGAUGAAACUCAGCAAAGCACGAAAAGAUCACUUAAUUGCCCCAAAUGAUAAUGAUUUUGGAAAAUAUAGUUUUUUGUUUAAAGAUUUAAACUAACAUACUGGCUUUUAUGUAACCCAAUCAGAGCACUGACCAGAAAAAUUGGAGGUGUUGAAAAAGCACGUAGCAGAGGAGCCGCAGGUUUUCUGCUUGAUUGGUAUCUAUCGUUCUGAGCAGCAACCCACAGUAGAUAGGAAACGGCUGUUUGAUAGGCCUGGCCUAGCUCUCACGGAGCCACUGGCAUCAGAUGGCAAAGUGACUUGCUGCUGGUUGCUGUCUGUUGGACAGACUUUUGGAUAAGGUGUGUUGAGAAAGAGGAUAAAGUUUUCAUCUAGGAUGACUCUCUGAGUUGGUCCAUCAGAUAAGAACCAUGACCAAGAGAGAAUAAGUGGACACUGGGAUCAGAAUACAUAAUGGAUGAAAUUAUUUACAUGUUUUAGUGGAACGAAUUUAUAUAAUAUAAUAAAGUUUGCUACUUAUCUGUAUGUAGGUUGCUAAAAAGGAUUUUAACUCAGAUUUUUAAGCCAAAUAACCAUUUAACACUACUAUCUGUUAAAUGGGGUAUUUUCUGUAUUUGUAUGUUUCACUGUGGUAAGGGAACUGAUGACCAUGUACAUCAAGAAUAUUUUGAAAAUAAUCAAUUGACACAAAUUUUAUUUCUUGGUCUUUCGCUGUUUGAAUGAUGAUUUUUGAAAGAUUAAACUUGUACUGUUGGUAUUGUGUAGUGUAAGGACCAAUAUUGCCUGUAUGUAAUAAAUGAUUUUAUAUAGCGAUGACA